UUUUGCUUUGCACUAAAAUGGGGUUGUGUAAGAUUUCACUAGCUUUUGUUUUUCUCAUCGGCAUAACCCUAGUCCAUCUCACCCUUGCCCAAGACUCCAAAGAAGACUACCUUAAUGCCCACAAUGCAGCCCGUGCAGACGUGGGAGUUCCAUCUCUGACUUGGGAUGACACUGUAGCGGCAUAUGCACAGAACUAUGCUAAUCAGCGUAUUGGAGAUUGCAAUCUUGUGCACUCCGGUGGAAAAUAUGGUGAAAACAUUGCAUGGGGCAGCGCUGACCUCUCAGGCACAGAUGCAGUGAAGAUGUGGGUCGACGAGAAAGCCAACUAUGACUACAACUCUAACUCUUGUGUUGGUGGGGAGUGCCUGCACUAUACUCAGGUGGUUUGGCGCAACUCGGUUCGUCUUGGAUGUGCUAAAGUGAGGUGCAACAAUGGUGGGACAUUCAUUGGUUGCAACUAUGAUCCUCCUGGCAACUACAAUAACGAGCGGCCUUACUAAGAGCUAUAUGUUUUACUACCUAUAUAGCUGCUACUACAAGCAUCUCCAUCUAUUACCUAAAAGUGCUUAAUGAUAAUUAAAUAAUAAAAACCUUCUAUCAUAUUGUUAAUGUUUCAAUAUAUUCUCAA